AUGGCUCCAAAUCAUGCUUGCAAAAUGACUCAAUACAAUGGACACCAAACUUCUGAGGGCUAUGCGCAUGAGGAGUCAAAUCCACAUUCUCAUCCUGCAAAUGGAGUUCCUUCGAUGCCAUCACAGCAAUCUCAGCGUCGCGACGAUCGACGCUCUUCUUCUAAACCACAAACCAGUCAAAGGAUCAAUCAACCUUUGGAAAGCAAUCAAAUAGCGGCGGGUUAUACUCGCAAUCCUGAAAUGGGCAUCCAUGAUAACCAUAUGCAACAGAGGCACAGGGUUGGUUCAAGCAGGAGCAACAGAGAUCAAAAUCCCAACGGAUCAAAUUCUCAAACAUGGCGGCCUGUAACCAACUCGAAUCAAGUUCCCGCACCAACAAUGGCAUACCGGCAGAAUCAAAUUCAGCUAGUUCAGCUGACAACGGCUGCGUACAGACCGAAUCAAGUUCAGGCACCAACGGUGGCGUACAGGCCGAGUCAAGUUCAGGCUCCAACAAUGACAUAUAGGCCGAAUCAUGUUCAGGCACCAACAAUGGCCAACAGAACGAGUCAGGUUCAGGCACCAACAAUGCCACAAAGAACUCAUCAGGAAAUGUCAACUCGUGGCCAUGAGGUAGCAUCAGCAGAAGUUGGAGUAAUGCCCUUGGAGGCAUACGGAGGACGCAUAUGGUCAUAUGAAGAACUCAGAGCAGCAUAUGACGCAAACUUGGCUCGUCAAGAACUCAGAGCAGCAUGUGGUGCAAACUCGGCUCAGGGAGGGAAUCCCCGAUACAGGAUAGCAGGGAAAUUCGCUGCUCAACAGGUUGCAAGUCCGCCGGUAGCUCCACAAUAUGCAACUACAUCGACGGUUCAACAAGGCCCACAACCAUACAACUUUUCUGCUCUGCAGGACCCAAUAUCAUCUGCUGACCUGUCUCUGUGGAUUCAACAACGAGAACGAAUACACUUCGGUAAUGUAUCUACAAUGAUGCAGCAACAGAAUCCAACACCAUGUAUCAAUUCAUCUAGAAUGGUUGAACCUCAAAAUUUAUCAACUCGUCCUCAAGAUCAGCCUGGAGAAGAAGAAGAUGAAGAAGAACUAUAUCCACCUAAUAUAACUCAGGAGGAUCUCCCAGACAGGGUAGACGACGAGCUUGACAGGGUCUUCAAACACGAUAAGGUGAAUUGGUCAGUGCGUGCUCAGUUACUUCCCAACAAGCCGAACGCCAUAGGACCAAUGAUACAUAGCAGUUGCCAUUAUCAAGUUCACGGCAGGAACGGAAAUGAGGAGCGGAGAACUCUACCAAAUAACACUAAUUGGCCAACUCCACCAGUGAGUGAUCAAGUUCACGGUAGGAACAGGAAUGGAACGGAAAAUCCUGCGAGAAGUGGGAUUGCUAUGCAAUUCGUUGGAGAUUGUUUAGCGGAACCGCUCUUGAAUAUUGAUGAUGGCAAGUCUGAUGAUCUGGGCUAG